GCGAGGGGAGGAGCCGGCGGCCGGCGGGGCCUGGGGUGCGGCGGGCAUGGCGGGCGCGGGGUCCCGGCCGCGGAGCUGGGGCUGGCGGGAGCCGAACCCGGGGGACGAGGCAGCCGCGGGCGGGCCCGGGCAGUGCCGCUGCGCACAGGGGAGGCGGGCGCUGGCUGUCCCCCGGAAGCCGGCCGUCCCCGCCGCGUGGAUGCCCUUCAUGGCGGCUGAGGAAAUGCACUGGCCUGUCCCCAUGAAGGCCAUCGGUGCCCAAAAUUUGCUGACCAUGCCUGGGGGUGUGGCCAAGGCUGGCUACCUGCACAAGAAGGGCGGCACCCAACUGCAGCUGCUUAAAUGGCCCCUACGCUUUGUGGUCAUCCACAAGCGCUGCAUCUACUACUUCAAAAGCAGCACAUCUGCCUCCCCGCAAGGUGCCUUCUCAUUGAGCGGCUAUAACCGAGUGAUGCGGGCGGCUGAGGAGACAACAUCCAACAAUGUCUUCCCCUUCAAGAUCAUUCAUAUCAGCAAGAAACAUCGCACGUGGUUCUUCUCUGCCUCCUCUGAGGAUGAGCGCAAGAGCUGGAUGGCCUUACUACGCAGGGAGAUUGGUCACUUCCAUGAGAAGAAGGAGCUGCCCCUGGACACCAGCGACUGUAGCUCAGACACGGACAGCUUCUAUGGUGCAGUUGAACGGCCUGUAGACAUCAGUCUAUCUCCAUACCCCACAGACAAUGAAGACUAUGAACACGAAGAUGAGGAUGACUCGUACUUGGAGCCUGACUCCCCGGGGCCCAUGAAGCCUGAGGAUGCCCUGACCCACCCACCGGCCUACCCACCGCCCCCUGUUCCCACACCCAGGAAGCCAACUUUCUCUGACUUGCCCCGUGCCCACUCCUUCACCUCCAAGGGCCCAAGCCCCUUGCUGCCACCCCCACCCCCUAAGCGAGGUCUUCAAGAUGCUAGCCCGGCUCCUGAGGACACUAAGAAGGACCCACUGGGCCUGAGGCGGGGGGAGCCUUGCCUCAGGGUACCUGUUCCCUCUCGGAGGAUGAGUGACCCUCCACUGGGCAACGCACCUACUGUGCCCAGCCUCCGGAAACCCCCUUGCUUCCGAGACAGUGCCAGCCCCAGCCCUGAGCCCUGGACCCCUGGGCAUGGGACCAGCUCCAUCUCUGGCUCCACUACCACGGCUAUUGCCACCUCUAGGAACUGUGAUAAGCUCAAGUCCUUCCACCUGUCCCCUCGAGGGCUGCCCACAUCUGAGCCCCCACCUGUGCCUGUCAACAAGCCCAAGUUCCUGAAGAUAGCUGAAGAAGCUCCUUCAAGGGAGGCAGCUAAGCCUGGACUCUUUGUGCCCUCUGUGGCCCCCAGGCCUCCUGUGCUGAAGAUGCCUGUGCCUGAGGCUACAGUUCGGCCCACAGUACUGUCCAGGCCAGAGAAGACUCCACUCCCCCACCUCCAGCGAUCACCCCCCGAUGGACAGAGUUUCAGGAACUUCUCCUGUGAAAAGGCCCGGCAACCCUCACAGGCAGACACUGGUGGGGAGGACUCAGAUGAGGACUAUGAGAAGGUGCCACUGCCCAACUCAGUGUUUGUCAACACCACAGAAUCCUGUGAAGUGGAAAGGUUGUUUAAAGCCACAAGCUCCCGUGGAGAGCCCCAGGAUGGGCUGUACUGCAUCCGGAACUCCUCCACCAAGUCGGGGAAGGUCCUAGUCGUGUGGGAUGAAUCCUCCAACAAAGUGAGGAACUAUCGAAUCUUUGAGAAGGACUCUAAGUUCUACCUGGAAGGUGAGGUCCUGUUUGCAAGUGUGGGCAGCAUGGUAGAGCACUAUCACACCCAUGUACUACCCAGCCACCAAAGCUUGCUGCUGCGGCACCCAUAUGGCUACACUGGGCCUAGGUGACAUCAGCCCCACACAACUGUAAAGUGGAAGCAGCCACGGGACCACAGUCACCGGGCCACAGCCAUAGGGCCACAGCCCCAACACAUUGACGGAAACCGGCCUACAUGGGAAGAUGAGCCAGAACAAGAAAUGAGGAGCAGACUUGCCACCAGACCUCACCAACCAGCAGGCUGAGUCCCAGGCUGGAACAGACUGCAGUCACUAGAGGACUGACUAGCUGACCUGGCCCAUCCAGCCCCUCCAUGCCCCAACUCUCAAGUAUCCAGGGCCCAGGACUAAGUGCUGCCUGGGCUUUAAGGACAUGAAAUCUGGUCCCCACAGCACACCCACCCUGCAGUGGGCUGGGGCAGUCAGAUGGGGCCUGAGGCUGGUUCUAGGACCCAUAGGAAUGCUAAGACACAGGCUCCAGGAGGAGCUGUUGUCUCAAUAAAUCAAGAUGACCUUUG